AUAAAAAUUGAUUACGAAUGAAUGACGCGGCAUAAACGAUUUUACAAAUAUUCAUCAAUUAAUAUUUGACUUUAAUUCACAGACGUCAUAAUAAUUUCGUUGUCGAUCUCUUAAAAACACCGAGUUUAGUUGUCCGACGAAGUACACACACACACACAGUAUUUUAAACAAUAGCUAAAAAUCCAUAUCUACUUAUAUGAGAAAAUGACAUUUUGUUAUAAAGGACGUGAAGAAGAAAUACCAGAAGUGAAAUGCUGGUAUCCACAAACAGUAGUUUACGAUUCAAUAAAAGUUGGCAGUAUAGAUGGUACUGAUAUUGAACCACAUGAUAAUGGAAUUAUUAGAGCCAUAAAUUCAAAUUAUAAAACAUCUUACAAAGCAAAAGGAAAUCCUUUACAUACCAUAUUUGUUGGCAGAUUAAGUUUAGAUACAACGGAAAAAGAUUUAGAAAAUGAAUUUUGUCGGUAUGGUAAAAUGAUAGCUUUAAGAUUGGUUAAAGAUAUUAUAACGGGUUUGAGUAAACGAUAUGCUUUUAUAGAGUACGAAACAUAUAAAAUGGCAUUGAAUACUUAUUUACGUUGUAAAUCACUAAUAUUAAAGAAUUCUGAGAUAUUUGUAGACUUUGAAUGUGGACGGGUACUACCUGGAUGGAAACCUCGAAGAUUAGGUGGAGGUUUUGGAGGUGAAAAACAAUCAGGUCAACUUAGAUUUGGCGGUAGAAUUAGAAAUUUUAGACCACCAUUAAAUCUGGUUGAAUUUAAGUAUAAUAGAAUACAUCAUGAGAAAAGCAAAGAAAUAAGAAAAUCCAGUACAACUUCCCGAUCAACGAAAAGAAUGUAUUCUAAUCCUGUUUCAACUACAUCUGCACCUGCAGUCAUAUCAUUACCAUUAACACCACCAUCACAACCAGCUAUAGUUUUACCAUUAACUCCUCCUACCUGUUCAAAUGCACUUUUACCAUUAACACCACCUUCACAAUCAAUAAUUGUCUUACCAUUAACUCCUCCUUUAAAUUCAACUGUCACAUUACCAUUAACACCACCAUCACAUUCAACCACAUCUUUACCUUUAACACCGCCCUCAAAUUCAAUUCCACCUUCUUGAAAUUAUAUGUAAUUUAAAUAAACUUAUUGAAUAUUUUAAUGACUUCUUAGUUUUAAGUAAUUACAAUA